AUGGUGUACUGGACUCUCUUCUUCCUGCCCGUCUACUUUCACGCCGUGCUCAGCGCGUCAGCGUCCCAAUCGGGCGUCCACAUCCUGCCCACCAUCCUCUUUGGCCUGCCCGGCUCCAUCGUUGCAGUCCUGAUGCUGGCGCGCUGGGGUGAGUACAAGCCUCUGCACAUUAUAGCCCAGCUGCCAGAGCGCCACCAGGCCUCAACGACCUCGGUCUGGGCCUUUGUGCGCUCCUUUGUCAGCAUCUGGGGCGUCGCUAUCCCCGCCGCCAUCUUCAACAACCGCUUCGCUCAGCUAGCCGGGCGCAUCGAGGACCCGGCCGUGCGUGAGCUCUUCCACGGCGGCAACCGGGCGUACGAGAAUGCGUACGCUUCCUUUGUCUGGUCGUUCUCUGAGGCGACGCGGGACCAGGUCAUCAGCGUCUACCAGGAUGCGCUCAAGCUGCUGUGGCAGAUCUCCAUCGGGUUCGCGGGCGUCAACUGCCUCAUCGUCCUAUUUGAGCAGCGCGUGCCCCUGAGGACCGAGCUCGAGACAGACUACGAGCUGGAGCAGGAGGAAAGGAAGAAGAAGGACGGCGAGGUGGCCGUAGAUGUGGAUAACGCGGCCGCGAGCAAUGUUGUGACAGGGGAGCUCAAGACCGGCGUUGUCGCCUGA